UUUGACAGUCAACGAGUGUAGCGAAAGAAAAAAACAUUAGUUUCCACUUCUUUAAUACGUUAUUAUAAAACAGGUAGUUUCUGGCAGUUUGUCUCGCCAGUCAAACGGUUUUAUUCGUCAAAAUUAUCGAUUGAACCUGCCGUCAUAGCUAAACAUGAGAACUUUAGAGGAGGUGCAGGCCACGCUGCAGAUCGCCAAACUGAAAGAAGAGGAUCUACAGACAACAAUCCACUGUCUGACUUUUGGGGAAAAUGUUUCGUCUGCAGACUACUGCCUGAUGGAGCUGGACGACACACUGUGCAAACACAUAGAAGCUGGUGAUAGUCUAGUGAUUCGGGGGGAUAAAGAUGAGCAUGCGGUGCUCUGUAGUGGUGACAAGACCUAUGAUCUUAAAAUAGCCGACACCUCCAACCUGCUGCUCUUUGUACCAGGAUGCAGAACACCAGACCAACUUACUAACAGCCAGGAGAGCUCUCAAGUGGUGCAUGCUCAGAUCUGGGGAUUUUGCAACAGCUACUGGGAACUGAGGAAGCGGCGUCCUAAACUGAAGAAACUGACAAAGCUUUUAAUGGAGAAUCCCUAUGAAGGGCCUGCUUUAGGAGGACAGGAAGAGAACACAGAGAAUAGGUACACAAUGCAGGAUCUACUGGAGAGGAUCCAGGCCAGUGAAGAGGAGAUAAAGACCCAUUUAGAUAUCAUCCACGCCUGUCAGGUUGAAGGCUACUGGCGCAUGCUGGACUUCGACUAUGAGAUGAAGCUGCUCGGUCAUGUCACUCAGCUGGUGGAUUCUGAGUCAUGGUCCUUCGACAAGGUUCCCCUUCAAACCAGUCUGGAAGAGUUAGCCCCACUGGAGCCCAAACAGAUGAUCGAACACUGUUUGAACUGCUAUGGGAAACGUUAUACUGAAAAUGAUGAAGUGUUUUAUGCACUGCACGAGGAUAAAGUCUGUCGGGGCAUAGCACUAAUGCUGCUGCAGAACGCUGUCAAGUUCAACCUGAGGGAGUUUCAGGAGGUCUGGCAGCAGAGUGUCCCAGAUGGCAUGAGCACAAGACUGGACCAGCUAAAGAGUGUUGCCCUGGUGGACCGCAUGUCCCAUCCAGAGACCAUCUGCCUGCUGCGGGUGGAGGAUCUCCCAGAGGACACGCUGGAGCGCUUCAACCACCUCUUCACACUCAGAGAGAAAUGGACAGAAGAAGACAUUGCGCCAUACAUACAAGACCUGUGUGGAGAGAAACAGACCAUUGGAGCCCUCCUGACUAAAUAUGCUCGAUCUUCCAUGCAAAAUGGGAUCAAGGCCUUCAACUCCAGAAGGCCUGUGGCUACGUGAACAUGUCCACCGUCAAGUGAUGAAUUUACAUUUGAAAUUAAUGUGGUUACGUUUAUUUCCAGUCUGACUUUUGCAAUUGUCAAAAUUAUCUUACUCAUAAUUGUCCUUAAAAAUGUUGUUAGCAUUGUUGGUAUUUAUCUUAAAGGGUUAUUGCAAAUAACCAGUUAAAAUUCAAAUGUUUAAAAGUUUUUGCCUCUAAAACCAAACUUUA